AUGUCCGACCCCUUCCUUGCCCUCACGCCGGUCUACCCGCCGCCCACCGACGAAUACAAGGACCACCAGCCCCCGCCCGCCCACCACCAGCAACACCUCCUCCCGCUCUCCCCGCCCCCCAUCGACUUCUUCUCCUUCAACUCCGCAGACAUCCUCGCACCCCACCCCGAUCUCUUCGAGUCCGAGCUCGACUCGUCCCUCGCCGCCUUCAACGAGUCCGACAUCCAGCUCCAGCUCCUCACCGUCGACUCCAACGACGCCUUCGCUUUCCUCCGCUCCGACACCCCCACUCACUCCUACCGCUCCGCCCACGGCCCGCCCUCGACGUUGACCGUCUCCUCCGAGUCCUUCUCCCAGGGCUACGACGACUCUCUCUCCGCCUACUCGGAAUCCUUCUACAACGCCAAGGCCGCGAGCCACUACUCCCUGCCCAUCGAUAUGGACUUUCAGCGGAUCCGCGUCGAUCCCGGCGCCGACUACGCCGCAGCAGCCACGCCCUCGCCCGCCGCGAGCGGCCUCUCCUCCCUCACGGACGAUCCCAAUUCGUUCGGCGCACUACCACAACAUCAGCAGCAGCAGAGCAACCGCUCGCCGCCCAUGGUUUCCGCCGCGAACCCCAAUCACUCGUACACCCGCAGCAGCGCAGCAUACUCGGACUACACCAGGUCUCCGCCCGUCGUCCGCAGCUCCGCAGCGUCGGACUACUACCCGCAGCUCAAGACGGCGUAUAAUACCCAGUCGGCGCACGGCGCGUCCGUAGCGCCCCACAACGUCUCCGCCCGCCGACAGUCGCAGGCCGAGCUCCCCCUCGUCCCCGCCGUGCCCCCGAUCCCGCUCGUGCGUUCGUUCAAGGAGGCCAGGGAGGAGAUGCACAGCGACGAUCCGAGAAAGAAAUACAAGUGCCCGAGCUGCCCGCGUGCGUUCGCCCGGGCGUACAACCUGAAGACGCACAUGGCGACGCACGACCCGAACCGACCCAAGCCGCACAUGUGCCCGCACAAGUCGUGCGGGCGCUCGUUCAGCCGCAAGCACGAUCUCGGCCGGCAUCUCGUCAGCAUCCACCGCGAGGACAGCUCGUCGGUGUACUCGAACGGCUCGACGGGGAGCGCACGCGUGAGCGCGGUCGGGGUCGAGAAAGGUCCCCGGGGGUGGUGUGAGAGCUGUGGGAAGGGAUGGGUCGGCCGCGACUACGGCUGUGAGUGUCGGGACGUGAAGUAGAGGAUGAGGAGGAGGAGUCCGCUGAUGGAUGACGACCGAUCUCGAUCUAUGCUCAUGAUGCAUUCGACCAGCCCCCCUUAUAUGUGCUCAGCCUGGCAGCGGUGUACGGGAGCCGCGCGCUCCCGACUCUUGGCCGUAGAACUGCCUGUGCUAUAGCACGCCGGGCCCGACGCUAUCUCCGUCGCGUACACGUCCCGCGUUGUAACCCUUUCGUCUUCUCCCCCGUCGCCCUGCGCCCUUGUCCGUGCUCGCUUUGGAACUCGAUCCGGUAUAGCGUCGUCGUAAUAUAAGUCUGUAUGAAUCUCUGUAUGCUUCAAGUAUUGUCUAUCUCCAUGCAAAUGUAACCGCAACCACUUGCUAGAACC